UGCUUUUCAAUCAAAGAUCUGACUUAGUCAUGCUCCUUUGUUAUUUUUUGUGAAGUGGCUCUUCAUGGAGCAAAGGUGUCAACGGGUGUAGCUUUCCCCUGUCCCAAGCCCAGGACUCUGAGGCCAAGCAGCCCUGUUCGGCCCUGAGCUUCUCCUCAGACACUGCUCCACAGAGCACACCAACCUGGCUCUUUAAAGAAAAGAUCGUGUCUGUCUUACUCCUGCGGGAUUUUCCACGUUUAUGUGACCUCUAGUUCAGGAAGGGUGGGUUGGAGGGCUCUCUGCAUCUCCCAAACUCUUCCGUCAGGGGCCAGCACUGCACUCACUGGAGGUGGACGGGGCUCCUGCUGCCAGCCUACUCAGUACCAUCUCCCUCCUGACGGGAACCUUGUGGUUAAAAUAACAGCCUCUGUUCAGAGCUCAACUUAGAGCUGCUUUCCGAGACAGACUGCGGAUCUAAAAACUCAGCAGGAGCAUCCACGUUGCUUUUGGAAAAUUCAGUGUUUUGGCCUCCCAGGAAGAAAUCAGGGAUCUCCUCAGUGAUGGGUCACGCCACCACAGCGGUGCCAGCAGGCAAGCGAUGGUGAAGCCAGCACACCAUGUACAGUGUGGAAGACCUGCUGAUCUCUCAUGGGUACAAACCAGCCCGAGACCUCCCAGGGCAACGUGGGGCAAAGGCUGAUGGGCACCCACAGGCGAAGACAAGGCCCAGAGGCAGCCAGGGCCUGCAGAACGGGUGUGAAGAUGGCAUUGCUGCCCUGGCUCCAAGCAGGCAGGCCCCGGGCCCAGGCCCUGUGAGUGCCCCCGAGGGCCACCAAGGUGUGCCAAGGCACCACGUGGAGCACCACAGGACGUCUGCUUCCAGAGCUCCAGAGGCGGGGUUCUAUAAGCAGCCUGCCUUAGCAUGGUCCUCUCAGGCCCAGAUUGGUAACGACCAGGUCUGCCGGAGAAGAGGUCAGAAGGCCAGCAGCUCGCUGGGCCCACGGGACCGGGACGAGCCGGAAGGCAGAGGAGUGGCCCAAGCCCGCAGUCUGCCCGUCCACAUGAGGGAGGGUCCAUGGGAUGUCAGAGGAAGGACAGAGCACGUGAUGAAGAAGGCAGUCUGGGAAGAAGAGCCGAGGAUGUCGGGUCCUGCCAAGUGGCAGAAUGUAAGCCUCGAGAGCUGGAACCAGCCAAGGAAGUUAGGGAGGCAGAUGUCUGAUGGUGGCGGGGAGAAACUGUUUCAAGAUCUGUACCCAUUCAUUCAAGGCGAGCACGCCCUGACUUCUCAGAACAAAAAGAAAUCCCAGUCGUUACCUCGAGUCCUUUCCCCCGAGAGCCUGAGUUACGUGGAAGUUCCCAUCGCACUGAAUGUUGGACAUUUGCCAGGUGUUCCCAAAGUGCCCCCAUGUCCUCCCAGUGGUGCACCCCAUCUAGAAUCGACCAAAACCUCUGAGAAGGCUGGCACCUCGGCCCCCUUCCCCCGGCCAAAGUUUGGGAGACCCCUCAAGCCUCCAUCUUACAGCUCACACUCACAGCCCAGGGGCGGGGAACGCGGCAGCCCCCAGGACGGCUCCUGCUUCCCCAGAACCAGUGACCCCGGGCAUGAGCCCAGUGCGCCUGACUGUGGCUUGGAGCCCCCAGUUUAUGUGCCUCCGCCUUCAUACAGGUCGCCCCCCCUGCACAUCCCAAACCCCUACCUGGAAGAUACGAUGCCCAAACACAUGAGCGGUGGCCACAGCCCACAGCACCAUCCCAUUGAAAAGCCCAGGGCCAGUGGUCCGCUUCCUCCUGGCCUCCUCAGAACCGGGAAUGAAUAUGGUGUCAGCUCAGGCUCUCCCCAAAGUCUCCGUCCACACCCUCGUCCUGUCGCCACCUAUGAAGGCUCCGUUCAAUACAUUCCCUUUGAUGAUCCUCGGAUCCGCCAUAUCAAACUAGCUCAGCCCCUGGGUUUCGGUGAAGAAGUGAAGUCCGAUGACAGACCCUAUGAUGCCUGUCCUGUUCCUGCCCCAGAGCCAGCUCAGGGGAAGAGGCACCGCGAUGGUGCCGUUCUGAAUGCGCAGAGUCUGACGCCCACACUGGGGACUGGGACGGGCCCAGCCUUUGUCGACCCUGGCCCGUGGUGGCUCUGGGGCCAGCUCCCGGGGGAUGGAGAAUAUGCAAGCUUCCCCUACCAGAGAGGACAGCCGGCCCCAGGGGAAGGUGGCCAGCAUGGCCACGCAGGGAGCCACGUUUUCUCCCCAGACCCACAGCGCAGUGAGAGGACCUGCGAAACCCAGACCAAGCUCAGAAUGUUUGCAACUGGGAUGCAGACCAAGAAAAGUUCAAAGAGAAAACCAAACGAGACUGUAUUUUGUUUGGUUUCCAUCCCAGUUAAAUCAGAAUCCCAUCUGCCAGCGAUAGAUAGGAACAACAAUGACUUAAAACAGAGUGCUGAUCAAAAGCCCGGGGCUGAUAAGAGCCUCGCCUUGCAAGAACAAAGCCUGCUGAGCUUGUCUUCCAGUGACCUGGAGCUGCAGGCGCUCACAGGGAGCAUGGCUGGGCAAACAGAGUUCCCAAAGCAGGGUCUGGGGGUACCAGGAGACAGACACGCAGAUGAACUCAGGUUCAUCCACCUUGCAGAGCACAGAGCACUCCAGUACUCUGGCUCGUGGCCAGGGCACCAGUACAGGGACCAGCAAACACAAACCAGCUUCCCCGAAGACUCUAAAAGCUCGCAGCUCCUCCCUGCUGCAAGGCUGGGGGACUUGAGUGACACAGCCCCAGACCCCAAAUGCUUAGACCCCACUGCCUCUGACCUUCCCGUGCAUGUGGCACUAGGGUCCAGUGACCCAAAUUGGAAGGCAUGCGCCCCUCACCCGAAGGGCCAGAUGUCCCUCAGCCCAUCCAGCCACAGUGCUUUCUCCAGGACUUCCCCGUCCGCCACUCAGGCACCUGUGCCGAAAGCUGGCCAGACUCAGCCCUGCAUGGAUGUCCGUGGGCAGGGAGCCAGCCCUGUGCCCAAGCCGGAGGUGGUGAAGGGGGAGUCCACAGCAGGCCCCUGCAACAGUAAGCAGCUGUUCGGUCAGUUUCUUCUGAAGCCAGUUAGCCGGCGGCCCUGGGAUCUGAUCAGCCAGCUGGAAAGCUUUAACAAGGAGCUUCAAGAAGAGGAAGACAGUCCUGACGGCAGCAGUGGCAGCAGCAGUGAGGAAAAUGAGAUAGAACAACGACAGGAAGACUGUGUUGGUUCUAGGCCAAGGAGCUGGGGCUUCCACGAAGACAGCCGCGACGGGAGAGGGGAGCAGCAACCGAGGCGCCUGGUGCUGGAGGACCGCGGAGGCUGGUGGGGCAGAGUGGAAAGGGGGUGUGAGACCUGGAGCAGGGAGCCGGGGGCUGGCCACCCGCUGGCCCACCCCCCAUCCCCGGGCUUCUCUCAGGUGGAAGACGGCAGAGGCCAGCCCUUCGGGUCAGCAGGUGGAAGCCUGGUGACAGAGACGCGGGAGUGGGCAAUGGUAAAUGGGACAGACGGGCCUCCAGGCGGCCCAGGCCCUGGGAGAAGAGGGGCAUCUUCAAGAGCGAGUGACACAAGGCCAGUGCCCCCAGCCUGGCUGGCCGCCCCGCGGGAGCCAGCAGAAAGUGAGCGGCUCACCGAUGAGUGGCUCCCUGGUGCCCUCGGUUCUGUGUGGCAGAGUGGAGUGGUUCCCCCGGAGCUUCCAGGUGCUGAGGAGGGGGCCACGGAGGCCCCACUGACGCUCACUAGCAAAGGCCGAGGCCUCUCCGAGCCAGACUUGCGGUCCAUUGGGCUCACGAUGAGACCUGAGCCAAGUGCCAGUAAGCUGGACAGGCCUCUGGGAGAGGGCAGGGCAGCAGUAAUCCCCCCAAGCCCUAACGAGUCGCUGCAAGCGCGGGCGGCAAGGAUCCUGGGCAUCGAGGUGGCCAUGGAGUCCCUGCUGCCAGGCACCGGGACUGCGGGCCCGAGCCAGUCCACUGAGCCAGACACAAGUGUCUGCAGCCUGGAGCCACCCAGGGAAGGGCCUCUGCCCUCAGUGACCGCGGAUGCCUCCUAUGGCAGGAGGAAGUGUGGCUGGACCCAGAGCCCCCUCUUUGUGGGGGAGAGGGCCCCCCAGGCUCCAGGGCACUCGGCUGUGGGCCGGGACCUCGCCAGCCCCGAGCCUCAGCUGGGCAGCCUGGAGUCCAGGUCUUCGGAGCAGAAGGAUGCGGGGCCCAACCCACCCUUCAGGACCACAUUGUUCCACGUUAUAGAAAGGACCCCCAGCAUGUUGGGCUUAGAGAAGAGGCUCCGAGGCCCUUCCAAAGUGAUCGAAAGUUUGCAAGAGAAACUGGCGUCGUCCCCGAGGAGGGCAGACCCCGACCGCCUCAUGAGAAUGAAGGAGGUGAGCUCGGUGUCGCGGAUGAGGAGCCUGAGCUUCAGGAGCGCAGACCCCACCACGGAGGCCGAGGAAGCAAAGGCCGCUGGGGGCCAGGCCUUGCAGCCCCUGAGCCGGGGAGACCGGGCGUGGCGAGCGGGGCCUCCGCCCGCCCUCUCCGAGGGCCUCAUCACGUGGGAGGAGAACGGGACUGUGGCGGCACCGAGGGAGAGGAGCGAGGCUCAGCACUUCUGGUGCCCAGACUCAUAUGACCCCAGCAGAGUGGAGAGAGUGUGACGAGGUGCUAGUGAAGCCCGGGACUGCCUUGGCUUGCUAACUGAGGAUUCUCUGGUCCAGUCCGUCCCCUUCUGGCCCAAGCAGAAGCUGGAAACUGCUGGGUUCCGUGUCGCAACCCCCCUCCCGCUCCACCGCCCGCAGCGGGAAACUCGCCAUCUGUACAGAGCUGUUCUCAGACGAAGCUCAGUCCAUGGGAACCAUGUUUGUGUAGCGUGAAAAUCUAAUGCUUAUGUUUAGAGAGGCGUUUUCACAUAACCCCUGCAGCCCGAUCUCUCCGACUCGGCCAUGCUGGUAAAUAGCUUGGUGCCGGUCUGUUUCAGUGUGAGAAUUUAAACAUGGACAGUGCAGCGAGUGGUUCCGACAGGACCACGCAGACCCUUGGUCCUGGGCUGCGUCUCAGGCUGGGGUCCUCGAUCUGGUCGGGGUUUGGCCCUCUCACGAGGGGGAAUGCGAGUGAGCUUGGGUGAUGUGUUUGUAGUCACUUUGGGCUUCUGCCGCUGGAAGUGACCUAAGUAACUCGCCACAGAGAAUGGAAGCGGUGUCUUUUAGCUCCCGAAGGUGACUCGUACUGGAAUAACCUGAAGGGUAUUAUUUAUCUGGCAAUGAAACGCUUUGAUCAUUUGCAAAUAUGCCAUUGUCUGCUUUGCACUCAGUAUUAUCUAUUUUUAUUUUCUGUAUGGAUGUUUAGAGAUUCUUUAUAUGAAAAAUAAUUGCUGGUUUAAAAGAGACCAUUUUAACAAAGUGACUAUAUUUCUUUUUACAAAAUUGCUAUUUUUCUAUGAUGUAAACAGUAGUUAGGUGGCAGAUUUUAAAGGAAGUGUCAUUUUAUUUAAGAGUCUAUCCUUUUGUGUGAGAGGCGCUCAGAGAGGGUUCCUUUCACGUUAAAGUCCGUGUCCCUGGCCUGUUCUCACCCCUGCCACCUUUCGCUCAGUUUAGGAAGUGUCAGUAUGGAUUUACCACAAGGUUAAGAAACUUUCUGCAAAGAUUUUAUUUUACAAAUGUAGCUGUAAGGUUAUAUUUGAAAAUAACCCUCUCAAGAACCAGUCAACGUCCUUUGACAGUUUUGGGGCCAUCUCAACUCUUUACCAAAAGAGACCCCGCCUGUCUCCGUGUUCGUCUGUCAGGAUCUGCCUUUCCUCCACACACCCCUGCCCUGUCCCUUUAAAGAGAUCUGUAUUUUGUAUUUUUAAGCUAGAGUGAUCUUGAAUUAGUCCCACAUAUGUUUAAAAGUGCUUGGCACAUAUGUAGGUAUAUGCUGUGCGGAAGCAUCACGAGGCUUCCGAUACAUUACACUGUAUCCCACUGUGUAAUACCGAAUUAACUGCACGGUUUGUGCGCUUUGUAUGCAUUUGUCACUCCUUUCCAGGUAAGGUAUUCUGGCUAGCUCACAUUCUCUAAAUAAUUCCUUGUCUCCUUCCUUCCUUCUCACUUCUUUUUCUCUCUCCUCCCCCAUUUUAAUUUUUUUUUUUUUGAGAUACCACUUUAUUUCUGGACAUUUCAAAUUCCUAAAAUGUGAACUGUUGGCCACCCUGUCCUUUGGCCCUGAGCUAACAGACUGGACUUCCCCGGCACCUUGUCGCCACACCAGGUGGUUUUAUUUCCCAGGGACCUCGCAUAUUUGGAUGGUGAUAAACAGGACAGACUCUGGGCAAUGUGACAAGUCGGUCCAAACGCUCCCACCUGCUCCCCCAGGCUCUCCUUUGAGAACCUGGCUCCUGGGAAGAGUUGGAGCAGGCUUUAGUCGUCAGGGCAGCAGUGGCUGGGCCAGGUCCCUUCCCCGGAGGACCCCAGGGAAGCAAUGGCUCCUUCUCCUGUGCCUGGGGAAUUGCUCCAGGCAUCCGACGGCUAAGUGAGGGCCGAGCUUCCGGAGGUCCCUCUUAGGACCAAAUGAAAGAAUGUUCUGAGCUCCUUAAAUUUUGUUUAUAUCAUUUAAAGACCUCUUUUAAACAAAAUACUAAAUUUUAGCUUAUUCCUCAGGAGAAAGAAGAGGAUACUGUGCCUAUCUCAAACAACCCAAAAUACAGUGCUCUUCUGCUUUGUUUUACUCUAAAUUUCUGUAUUGUAUCUUUCUGAAUCCAUUCUGAAUUUUGUUAAAAUUACUAAUAUUUAAACUUCAGUUUUAACUGUUUUCUGGAUUCAAGCCUGUAUGUCAAUUCUGUAGGAGGGAAAAGAUGACUUUAAAAGUAAUUUGAAAAUUUCAUUUGUAAACUUUAAUAUCCUGAGGUGAAUAAUAAGUCUUUAAUAAGAGAUUUCCCAUAAGCUUUGAAUUUAAUGCUAUUUUCCAGUAUUCCUGUUUCUCAUAAGUGUACAACUGUGGCUGGAAAAAGUGUUCCUAUUUUGUGUUUGUCAUUGUUUUUCUUGUAGACAUGAUUUCCUAUUGGCAUUUAACAACUGAGAGCUUAUAAAAUUAAAGUUCUAAUUUUGGCCAUUUAAA